GUAGCUGAUAAGUUAGUUAUCAAUAAAUACACUAGGAUUCCGCAUCAACAGAUUUUCCAUUCGAUUCCGGGCAGCGAUGCUGCCGGAGAGAUUCAGCUUCGACUUCCGUCCAAUCGAUCAGUACUGGACGAGAGCCAGAGGCACUUGCAGCAACACGGAACGCGGAAAUAUGUACAUCCUGGCGUCGCUGGCUCUGAUCCUGCUGCACCUGCUGGUGCUGCCCAUCUACAUGUACCUCACCUGGCACCACAAGUACUGGCGCAAGCGGGGAUUGGUCACAGCUCGGCCCCUGACUCUGCUGGGCACGUAUCCGGGCCUGCUCACCCGCAGAAGCAAUCUGGUCCUCGACGUGCAGAAGAUCUACGAUAAAUACAAGGGAAAACACCGAGCUGUUGGCGUCUUUGUGACUCGACAGCCGCAGAUCCUGGUCCUCGAUCCGGAACUGGCCCACGAAGUGCUGGUGGGCAACUUCCGCUGCUACAAGGACUCGCUGCAAAGCUCGUACCUCCGGCAUGCCAAGUGGGACAAGUACGCGCGCCUCAAUCCGUUCUGGGCAUCCGGACAGUCCUGGAGGCGCCUCCGCACGGACGCCCAGGCUGGUAUCUCCGGCAGUCGCCUAAGGCAGGCCUACAAUAUUUGGGAGCAGGGAGGCCAAAUGCUCACCGAGUACAUGACGCAGCAGGUGGCGGAGAAGAACAAUAUCCUGGAGACCAGAGAUCUCUGCUUCCGAUACACGGCCCAUGUGAUGGCGGACUUCAUCUGGGGCAUAGAUGCAGGCACCCUAACCCGACCCCUGGAGCAACCCAACAAGGUGCAGCAGAUGGCCAGCAAGUGGACCAGUUACGCCUUCUACAUGCUCACCCUCUUCAUGGCCACCAUUGUGGCGCCUUGCAGUCGUCUGCUGUUGCGAUUCCGUUUCUAUCCCAAGGAGACCGACGAGUUCUUCUCCAACCUGACCAAGGAGUCCAUUGAGCUGCGACUGAAGGCAGGCGAUUCCACUCGCACGGACUAUCUGUCGCAUCUUCUCCAGCUUCGGGAUCAAAAGCAGGCCACCCACGACGAUCUGGUGGGUCAUGCCCUGACCGUGAUGCUGGAUGGCUACGAUACCUCGGGAACAGCUCUCCUCCACGCUCUGUACUAUUUGGCUGAAAACCCGGCUGUUCAGCAGAAACUGCGAGUGGAAAUCCUCAGCAGCAUGGCUUCGGAGAAGAGUCUCGACUUUGAGAAGCUCUCCUCUUUGCAAUACUUGGAGCAAGUGAUCUAUGAAUCCCUUCGACUUAGUAGCUUGAUACCGCAGUACACAAAAGUCUGCACAUUGCCCACAGUCAUUAAGCUGAGCGAAUCCAAGAGCGUGGAUGUGGAGGAUGGCAUGACGAUCAUGAUACCCAACUACCAGUUCCAUCACGAUAAGCAAUACUUUCCCGAACCGGAGGCUUUCAAGCCAGAGCGAUUCGAUAAUGGCGCCUAUCAGGAAUUGAUGCGGAAAGGCAUCUUUCUGCCGUUUAGCGAUGGUCCCCGUAUCUGCAUGGGUGUUCCACUGGCCAUGCUGACCCUGAAAUCGGCACUGGUCCACAUCCUCAGCAACUUUCAGGUGGUGCGUGGCAGGGAUCGACUGAUUCCGAAGGGAGAUUCUGGAUUUGGGGUCGUUCUGCAGGGAGAUGUUAAUCUUGAAUACCGCCGCUUUUUCAAAUGUGAUGGGUCUUGGCAGCAGAGUAUGUUUCCAUUCCGUGCCAGUUUUCAGGGAAACCUGGUGGGGAUCAGAUCGACUUAUUCGGUGGCUGUCAUGCUUACUCUAGUGGCUUUGUGCUUGACCGUCGUUCAUGUGGCCUUUGCGGUGGUCUACUUCUAUCUGACCUGGUACCACAAGUACUGGGAUAAGCGCGGAGUGGUCACCGCCGAGCCACUGACCAUUUUGGGCUCCUAUCCGGGCAUUCUGGUCAACAAGAGCCGCAGUCUCAUUCUCGAUGUGCAGGAUGUCUACAAUAAAUACAAGGAUAAGUACAGGGCAGUCGGAACCUUCAUCACGCGACAGCCGCAGCUUCUGGUUCUGGAUCCCGCCCUGGCCCAUGAGAUUUUGGUGGACAAGUUCAGCUACUUUCGGGACACCAUCACCAGCAGUUUUGUGGGCCACAAUCCGGAUGACAAGUACGUGGCGGGGUCGCCCUUCUUCAGCGCUGGCGACAAAUGGAAGCGACUGCGCUCCGAAAAUGUGGGCGGACUGACGCCCAGUCGACUGAAAAUGGCCUACACCAUCUGGGAGCAGAGUGGCCGGAAGCUGGUCGAGUAUAUCGAGCGGGCGAGGCGGGAACAGGGCGAUGUCAUCGAAACCAGAGAUCUAGCCUAUCGAUUUACGGCCAACACGAUGGCGGAUUUCAUCUGGGGCAUCGAUGCAGGCUCACUCAGCGGCAAAGUGGGUGAGAUCGGUGCCUUCCAGAAGACCUCCACGGAUUGGACUGCUCACGCCUUCAGCUCGAUGAUCCGCUUCAACAAGACUCUGGUGGCCAUCUUCGUGCGAAAGCUGUUCUCCAUGCGAUUCUUCACCAAAGCAACGGAUGAGUUCUUCCUGCGACUGACCCAGGAUGCAGUGAAUCUGCGGCAAGGUGGAAGUGGCGAGGGUCGCGCAGACUACCUUUCCCAUCUCAUUCAGCUGCAGCAGCGGGGUAAUUCCAUCCACGAUUCGGUGGGCCAUGCCCUCACUGUGCACCUAGAUGGAUUCGAAACAUCUGGAGCCGUGCUCUAUCACAUGCUCUACUCGCUGAGCGAACACCACGAAGAGCAGGAAAAGUUGCGCUCGGAGAUACUAGACGCCUUGGCCUCCGAGGGCCAAAUCAGCUACGAUCAGAUCAACAACCUGCCCUAUCUGGACCAGUGCUUCAAUGAAUCGCUCCGAUUGACCACUCCCAUUGGUUUCUUUAUGCGCAUCUGCACCAAGCCCAUUCAGAUCGAUUUGGGCGAUGAUAAAACCCUGGACUUGGAACCCGGAGUCACCGUGAUGGUUCCAGCCUAUCAGUACCAUCAUGACGAUGCCAUCUAUCCGGAGGCCAGUGAAUUCAGGCCGGAGCGAUUCGACAACGGAGCAGCGAGUGUCCUCAACAAACGAGGAUGCUUCCUGCCCUUCGGUGAUGGUCCUCGAAUUUGCUUAGGUAUGCGCGUGGGCCAACUGAGUGUGAAGACGGCCAUCCUGCACAUCCUCUCGAAUUACCAGGUGGAGCAGACGAAGAAGGUGCCUCUGGGUGCGGACACCGGGAUGGGAAUCUUCCUCAAUGGCGAUGUCGAACUGAAAUAUACCAAGCUGCAGAAAUAAAAGGAAGCAUUCGUA